UUGUUCAUUGGUUGAAUCGGCUCAGUGCUGAUCCAUGUACAAAACCGAUCAAACCAGGUAUAGAGAGUGAGAACACAUCUUACUGAUCGGAAAAAGUUAUAUAGUAGAGAGAUCGCAGUGGAACAGCAUCGGUUUCAUUAAUCAGGUUUCCUGCGUAUCUUGGUCGGGUCUUUUAGUAACGAGGGGAUUCUGUUCAUUGAUCGGUGAGGAGUGUGAAACCUUAGAUGGCGAGCCAACCAACUGGAUCUUCUGGAGUCUCUGCGAGCUUGAACUUCAAAUCCUGAGAAACAUUAUGUGGUCCUGUGAAUAUUGUCUGGAUAGACGAUGGUUCACACUAACCAAUCUAUUUUCAGAAGAACAGAUUUUGACAGAUUUGACAUGUACAACCCACACUUAUCUCAUUUCCUUAAAAAGGGACCUUUUGGAGAAGCUGAACUACUACUGUGAAUAAUUACUCAAUGUCUUCAGUACACUUAAAAGUAAGGGAGAUAUGACUGAAAGGAACUGCUAUGAUGUGAUUUCAAAGAAAUCCUGUGUCACGUGAUUUCAAAGUGUCCUGGAUAUAUAAAUACCAGCAAAGAGCUUUAUUUGGUAUUUGGACCUCUAGAGGUGGACAGAAGAUACAGAAAUCAACGCUCAGUGAAAUAAUAGCAGAUCCAAAUCAACAUGAUGUCCAGGUUUUGCUUCUGGCAGAAGAAGAAGAAUAAGGAGAAAGAAAGGCCACAUGAUCUGGUUAAAAAGGAAGAUAAUGAAGAAACAUUUAAUAUGGAGCAAACUUCAGUUCCUGUCACAUCACAAGUUCAAAUCACUAAAGCUAAGGACAGCACAGACCACAGUCCUAAAACAAAUACAUCAAGAAGAGAAAAUCAGGCAGAUGAUGAACACAAGAAAUCUAUCAGACUGGACGGCACGGGUCAGAGUGAUGAGGCGAGGGUCCUGGUCAUAAACACCGGUGGAACCAUUGGAAUGACGUAUCAUAAUAACGUUCUGUCUCCAGAACCUAAUGCUUUUGUUGAAACUCUACGUAAACUCUCUAUUCUGCAUGAUGAGCAGUACGGUUCACCUCAGGAGAACACGCUGGUGCUGCCACUGUCCAAACAGAAUAAGAGGAUUGUAUAUACAGUUUUAGAGUACUCUCCUCUCCUCGACUCCUGUAAUAUGACCACAGAUGACUGGGCCAGGAUUGGAACAGACAUUGAGAGACACUAUGAGCAAUAUGAUGGUUUUGUCGUCCUGCACGGCACAGACACCAUGGCUUACACCGCUUCUGCCUUAUCCUUCAUGUGUGAGAAUCUGGGAAAGCCUGUCAUCUUCACUGGCUCACAGGUGCCCAUCUAUGAGAUGAGGAAUGAUGGAAGGGAGAACCUCUUGGGGGCGCUGUUGAUAGCAGGACAGUAUGUCAUCCCUGAGGUUUGCCUGUAUUUUCAUCAUAAGCUGUUCAGGGGCAAUCGUGUCACCAAAGUGGACCCUGGAAGCUUUAACGCGUUUACCUCUCCAAACCUGCCGCCAUUAGCACAAUGCAAUGUCGACAUCAAAAUUAACUGGGACAUUGUGUGGCGAGCCAAUACAACUGCCAGAUUCACUGUCAACACACAACUGAACCGUAAUGUGGGUCUCCUGCGACUCUUCCCAGGAAUCACUGCUGAUAAAGUCAAGGCCUUCUUGCAGCCUCCUAUGGCUGGGAUCGUAUUGGAGACCUACGGCAGCGGUAACGCCCCUGACAAGGGCACCGAGCUGCUGGAUGAGAUCCGUAAAGCGACAGAGAGAGGUCUCAUCAUGAUCAACUGCACCCAGUGCCUCCGGGGCACGGUCACAACCUCAUACGCCACUGGCCAGGCUCUGAGUGAUGCCGGUUUGGUCGCUGGGUUUGAUAUGACCACAGAAGCCGCUCUUUCAAAACUCUCCUAUGUGCUGGAAAAACAAGACCUCAGUCCAGAAGAGAAGAAGGAGAUGCUGUGUCGUAAUCUGCGUGGUGAGAUGACCGCUGAUCUGGACGGAGCAAAGCUUUCUCUCCGCGACAGUCGCUUUAUUCAGAUCUUGGCCAAGUCCCUCAACGUUAGCUGUAACGAGCAUUCACAGGAGCUUGACGCCAUACGAGAUGCACUAACUCCCACUCUGGUCUGCGGUGCUGCUAAGAUCGGAGACACUGACACUUUAAAGGCCAUAAGGGAAAUGGGCUCUGACUUGAACAUGGCAGACUAUGAUGGCCGCUCUCCUCUCCACGUCGCUGCAUGUGAGGGGCAUCUGAAUGUGGUGGAGUAUCUGCUAAAUGAAGGGGCUGAUGUCGAUGCUAAAGAUCGCUUUGGUGAUACACCACUUCACAAUGCUGAACGCUUCAGGCAUGAGGACGUUGUAGAAUUGCUGAGGAGGAAUCGAGGUCAUUUUUCCCAGGAUGACAUGGUUGAUGCUGGAAGCAGCCACUAGACGUGAGGAGGAUGAGUUCUUAAAACAGGCGGCUCAGUACCAAACAGUCUUGCUUUCAGACCCUGAAUAUUCCAGGAGAGAACUUUGAAUUCUGAUGCUGAACUAGAAGACGUCUGAAGACCCUCAAGCUUGUGCCAGGCUGCGGCCUUGACUUUCCAUCCACCAAAGAUCCUCUGACUCCAACUAAUUCUCUCUCAUCAACACAACAUCAGCGAAAGAUCAACGGGAGCCUCCACAAACUGCAUCAGGACAGUUUAUUUCAAAUGGGCGAGACAUGCAAGUAUCAAACUUAAGUCUCAUUAGUUGAUACAUUAAAGGCACACUAUGUAAGUUUUCGCCACCAGAGGUCACAUUUUCAAAACAAUUACAAAGGUGAAGCUUGAUGAUGCUAUGAAGGAGAGAUGUUGAUUUCACCAUACAGAGAAGUAUGAAAUUCACAAAUCAUGUUCACGGAUGAAGUAAUGAAUUGUUUUUGUAUUACCUGUAUGUUUGAUCACACUAUUUUAUGUCAUCGUAAUAAAUUCACUGCAAGGAAUGUGAAAUUUAAUGCUAUAUUGCUCUGUUACUGAUAUGUGACUAUUUGGCAAAUGAUUUGGUUGGUUAAUAAUAAAUAAUGCAUAUUAAUAUAUAUAAUAA